AUGAUAAUACCAUUGAAGAUCAUUAAUUAUCAUUUAAAAAUACAUAAAGGAUUAUAAAUAGUGGGCUUAGAAUAAAUUUAUUUUACUGAAAGCUUGAAUCACUCUUAAGAUCUUGAAUAUGUAUUUUCAAUCAAUGAAAAUGCAGCUGUCACUAAAAUGAAAGUUGAAUUAAGGGAAUAAGUGGUCUAUAGGGUAGUAAAGAAAAAGAAGAAGCAAAGGAAGAAUUUGAAGAAGUUGCCAAACUAGGAAAAACUCUGGCUUAUAAUGAGGAAGAUUUAAGAUUUCCAUAAAUAAAAAGACUCAAAAUUAAUCUCUAAAUAAAAAAUUAAAAGUGAUUUGGAAAAUUGAUUUAUCUCCAAUAAUUGAUUAAAAUUAUUAAAGUAAUAGAGAUAAAGUUCCAGUAGGAUUUAAAGAGGUUUUAAAAUACUUAAAUAAUAUACCCAACCUCAGAGACUUUACAUAUCACUACACAUAAGAUAUUGAGAUCAAAUUAGAUAAUGGAUCACCUAUUACUUAUUGGAAGUCUCCGACUCAUAGCUUAUACUAUAUAAAUGCUAAAGAUAAUCAAAACUGCGAUAAAUUAGUUUUUAAAUUAGAUGAUAAAAUUUCUUUAUAUUAUAAUAUUUAUCUGUAUUCCUGA